AUGUCUAGUCCACCACAUAGAUUAUCAAGACUUUCAAGAAAAAGACAAAAUGAUGAAAAUGAUGAUGAUCAAGAUUCACAUAAUAGUAAUUAUAAUACAAGAUCUUCACCAAUAAAUCAACCUUCAUCUCCAAUUGCAUCUUCACCUACUCAUCAUAAUGCAUUACCAUCAUCGCCAGCUAUACCAUUUGACACCAAUUUGAAUGAUGAUGAAGAUGAACAAGAAAUUCAAAAUGAUAUAUUAGAUUUAAAUCCAUCAGAUGAAGAAGAUGGUGAUGAUUUAUUAGACGACUUAGAAAAUGAUUAUAGAGCAAAUCCUGAACAAGAUCAUUAUGAUUUAAGUGAUAAUAAUAUUGAUGAUACUCAAGAAUUUGAUGAAAUGGAUGCAGCAACAAGGAGAAGAAUUGAUGAUCAAUUAAAUAGAAGAGAUGCUAUAUUAAAUAAUACAAAUAGAUCGAGAAGUGGGGCAUUUUUACAAGAUGAUGAUGAAGAUGAUGAUAAUUUAGAUGAUAUGGAUCAAUAUGGUUUACCAAUUCAAAGAAGAAGAAGAAGACAAUAUCAAGAUGAUCAAGAUGAUUUUAUGGAUGAAGAUAUUGAAAUUGAUCCAUUUAAUGAAGAAUUAUCUUUGGAAAGCUUAACUGAUGUAAAAGCUCCAAGUAUUACUGAAUGGAUUUUACAACCAGCAGUAAGUAGAUCUAUUGCAAGAGAAUUAAAAUCUUUCUUUUUAGAAUAUACAGAUUCAAAUGGUGAUUCAGUUUAUGGUAAUAAAAUGAGAACUUUAGGUGAAGUUAAUGCAGAAUCAUUAGAAGUAAGUUAUAAAGAUUUAGCAGAUUCAAAAGCUAUAUUAGCAUUGUUUUUGGCAACAAGUCCAACCGAAAUGUUAAAAAUAUUCGAUAUUGUUGCAAUGGAAGCAGUCGAAUUACAUUAUCCAAAUUAUUCACAAAUUCAUCAAGAAAUUCAUGUUAGAAUUAUAGAAUAUCCAAAUUUAUUAAAUUUAAGAGAUUUAAGGGAAAAUAAUAUGAAUCAAUUAAUUAAAGUUUCAGGUGUUGUUACAAGAAGAACUGGAGUUUUUCCGCAAUUAAAAUAUGUUAAAUUUGAUUGCUUAAAAUGUGGUAUUGUCUUAGGGCCAUUUAUUCAAGAUGCAAAUACUGAAAUGAAAAUAUCAUUUUGUACAAAUUGUCAAAGUAAAGGUCCUUUCAAAAUGAAUUCAGAAAAGACAUUGUAUAGAAAUUAUCAAAGAAUUACUUUACAAGAAGCUCCAGGUACUGUCCCGGCUGGUAGAUUACCAAGACAUAGAGAAAUUAUCUUAUUAUCAGAUUUAGUUGAUGUUGCCAAACCAGGUGAAGAAAUCGAAGUUACUGGUAUUUACAAAAAUAAUUAUGAUGGUAAUUUAAAUGCUAAAAAUGGAUUUCCUGUAUUUGCAACUAUAAUUGAAGCAAAUUCAAUAAGAAGGAAAGAAAGUCGUGCUUUCAUGGGUGGUAAUAAUUUAAUUAAUGUUUGGACAGAAGAAGAAGAAAGAGAAUUUAGAAAAUUAGCUCGUGAAAGAGGAAUAAUUGAUAAAAUUAUUAGUUCAAUGGCUCCUUCAAUUUAUGGUCAUAAAGAUAUAAAAACUGCUAUUGCUUGUUCAUUGUUUGGUGGUGUACCUAAAGAUGUUAAUGGUAAAUUAUCUAUCAGAGGUGAUAUAAACGUUUUAUUACUUGGUGAUCCAGGUACUGCAAAAUCUCAAAUUUUGAAAUAUGUUGAAAAAACUGCAAGUAGAGCUGUUUUUGCUACUGGUCAAGGUGCUUCUGCUGUUGGUUUAACUGCAUCUGUUAGAAAAGAUCCUAUUACACGUGAAUGGACUUUAGAAGGUGGUGCUUUAGUUCUUGCCGAUAAAGGUACUUGUAUGAUUGAUGAAUUUGAUAAAAUGAAUGAUCAAGAUCGUACUUCAAUUCAUGAAGCUAUGGAACAACAAACUAUUUCAGUAUCAAAAGCAGGUAUAGUUACAACUUUACAAGCAAGAUGUGCAAUAAUAGCAGCAGCAAAUCCAAACGGUGGUAGAUAUAAUUCAACAUUACCAUUAUCACAAAAUGUUAAUUUAACAGAACCAAUUUUAUCAAGAUUUGAUAUAUUGUGUGUUGUAAGAGAUUUAGUAAAUCCAGAAUCAGAUGAAAGAUUAGCAAAUUUUGUUAUAAAUUCACACAUGAGAUCUCAUCCUUCAAAUAUAGAUGAUGUUAUGUCAGAUGAAGAUAUGGAAGAUUUAUUAGAUGAAAAGGCUUCUAGAACAAGACUGGAAAAAAUUCAACAAUUAAAGCAACAAAAAGAACAAGAAAUUUCACCAAUUUCACAAGAUUUAUUAAUUAAAUAUAUUCAAUAUUCAAGAAUUAAAUGUCAUCCAAAAUUACAUCAAAUGGAUAUGGAUAAAGUUGCAAAAGUUUAUGCAGAUUUGAGAAAAGAAAGUAUAAGCACUGGUUCAUUCCCAAUAACAGUACGUCAUUUAGAAAGUAUAUUGAGAAUUGCUGAAUCAUUUGCCAAGAUGAGAUUAAGUGAUUUUGUUUCACAAAAUGAUAUAAAUAGAGCUAUAAAAGUAAGUAUUGAUAGUUUUGUUGGUGCUCAAAAAGUUACAAUAAAAAAACAAUUACAAGCUAAAUUUCAAAAAUAUACUUUACCAACAAGAACAAGGUAA